CGCAGUCGCGAUCUGUGUCCCUCCAUCAUCAUGGUCGAAGUCGCGCCUUUUGAGUAUACCCAGUCUGACACAGUCGAGGUUUUGGCCGCUGCAUCUGUCCAGGUCCCAGAGACAUCGGUAGAAGACGCCACGGUUGAAGGAGACGACGAGCCCCAGAACUCACUUACCAGAAAGUUCACUGAGGACGAAUGGAGCGGUGUAAGGGCACUUCGGGAGGGGCUUCUAGACAUCCUCGCGCAGGCGUACCCCGAUCGGGAGGACCAAAUGGUUUCCGUUACCCUCUGGGGUGUGAGCAUCGACCCUGCUAAGACAAAGGAUGCGCGUGUGAGCGUGCUCCUCGUAAAGUUCCUGCGUGCUCGGGACUUGAAUGUGGACGAAGCCAAGAAGAUGCUCAUUGAGACGCUUCGGUGGAGGAAAGAGUUCAAGAUUGAAGAGGCGAUGGAAGAAAAGUUCCCAGAGGAUACCUUCGCUCCACUGGGUCGGAUGUAUGGGCGCGACAAGGAGGGUCGCCCCGUUGUGUACAACCUAUAUGGCGCCAAUAAAGACCUCGAUGCCGUGUUUGGCGACGUCGAACGGUUUCUCCGUUGGCGUGUCGCCUUUAUGGAGAGGAGCAUCGAGCUGCUCGACUUCGAGAACGUCGACCAAAUGGUCCAGAUACACGAUUACGACGGCGUUAGCAUGAUGUCGAGAACGCCUGGACAGAAGGCCGCUGCGUCCCGCGCAUCUGCGCUUUUCCAGAACUAUUAUCCUGAGCUACUUUUCCGCAAGUUCUUUGUUAAUGUUCCUAGCUUGAUGGCCUGGAUCUUCUGGAUGUUCAAGCCUUUCAUCUCAGCUAAGACUUUAGAGAAGUUUAGCAUGGUCGGGACUGGUCCCAAGACAAUCGGCGUUGUCCUGCUGCCAGUCAUCGAGGCGAAACAGCUGCCCAAACGUUACGGCGGAGAAGCAGAUGACUUAGCCUGA